CCGCGGAAGUCAACAAACCAGGGAGUGACAUGUAACAACAAUAAGCACUUAACUUAACUUCCCUUUGUUCUGUCUCUCGUUUAACGUUAGCUCCAUGUGUUGUGAAAACGAGCACGUAAAUGUAACCGUGUGCUUUACAAACUGUUGGACUGAGUCUGAGCUGUCGUGUAGCUGGCGUCAUUGUUUGAUAGUUUAGUGAAAAGGCAGUUUCAAAAUGCGGAAUGAUUCCCUGCUCUCAAGCAUCAAUGUGGUGCUUGUAAUGGCCUACGGAAGUCUGGUAUUUGUUUUACUGUUCAUUUUUGUCAAAAGACAAAUCAUGCGGUUUGCCAUGAAGUCUCGGAGAGGACCACAUGUUCCCCUAGGUCACAAUGCACCUAAAGAGCUGAGACAAGAAAUUGAAGCCAGACUGUGCCAGGUCCAGAAAAUCCACUUUGAGCCUCGCCUGCUGUCCCCAGAUGAUGACCGGCUAAAGCAGAGAGAACAGACUGAUUCCUAUGACUACCUGUACAGGAUGAGAGCACUGGAUGCCAUUAGAGACACUGAUCUCCCCUUCCGUGAACUGGGUGGGACGUCCACUGCUGUGACGGGGAAAAGAUUUCGGACCUGGCUUCUGCAGCUACGAAAUUCCCACUGCAUGUUCCGAGACAGCCAGAGCUCCCUUGUUGACACAGUGCUGGAUGGGUACAACAAAGCCCGCCACGGGGCAGAGGCUUUUGGUGAAGCAGAGUUUAUAAAAUACCAGGAAGCUCUAACUGAACUGGCCUCUGUUGUGAAGUCUCACAGCAGUAGCAGCAGCACUCCGAGCCAGCACCACCAGUCUGCAGCCAAAGACCUGACCAGUACCACAGAUCCUGCGAGCUCCUGCUCCUCCCCCACCCAAACCACCUACCUCAUAUCCACAAUGCAGCAGCGCAGCAAGAGGCCCAGACACUUCCUGGAGCUGAAGAACUUCAAAGACAACUACAACACUCUGGACAGCACGCUCUGAAAAUCUAUGACGUCCAUCCAAAGGAAAGGUUAAGAACAAGGUAGUGCUGCCAGUGAUUAAAGUGCCUGUGGACGGCGACAGGAUCACUGUCGCCAGACAGUUUUAGGGUGAAGUGACAAAUACACUGCCUUCAUACACUAACACACACUGCCUGUUUACAGUAUAGUUCAUAUCAGACUACUGGCACAGUGCUCUUUACCUAAGUGUAGCUUAAGCGUAUAUCCUGUAUUACUGCAUGUAUGAGUGCUAUAUUUGGGUAGAAAAAUGACUAUAGUAAAUGACUAUAGUAAGUAUGGUUGAUUUGACCAAAACAAAACCAGAGCUAUGUGGCUAUGCAAUAGCAUCAGACAAUCAGUAUUUAUUGAACAAUGUAAAGGCCUAUGCACACUUGUUUAAAUUAUCCAACUGUUUGUACACAUGCUGAUAGUUACUGUUGUUAUGACUAGUGUUAAUGCUUUACACUGAGAAAAACACACUGUUAAUGUCACUUCUGUUUACAUAUAUGUAUGUCUCUACUGCUCGUAUGUUACUGUGAAUCCAAGUCUUUUUGUUUUAAGCCUUAAAUGUUUCUUUUACAGAAGCCAUUGAAUAAAUCAAUUUGAUUUGAAGCCAUACUUGAUUUGAUUAAUUUUGCUGUUAAGUGCUCUCUUAACUUAAUGAUUACUCUCAGUGCAAUGUAAUUUAACAGUAAUAAAGUAUUAUGUGAGAUUCAAAUUAAAUUUGCAGUCGAAUAUUAUUUUUAUUAUUUACAUUUUUAUGUUUGCCUGUGUUUCUACUUUUGGUGUUGCAAUUAUAUUUGUCUAUGUGUCACUGUUAUAAAUACUCAGUGUGUUAGUAGCCUAUAGAUUGCAGACACUUAAGGACACUUUGUGGCAGUAUAGAGCUUCGUAUCAGAGUUGUGGCAGUUAGAAGCCUCUGUAAAAAAAAAAAAAAAAAAGAAAAGAAAAAAGUGUGGCAGAGUGGAGCCGCACAGUUUUUCCAACUGUGUUGUGGACUAACCUGUGGACUUUUAGAGCCGCAUUUUUCAAUAUAUCUCUUCUAUUUUCAACUAAACUGUGAAUGAGGGACAUUGAAUCAAUAAAAGCCUUUUUUUGUUUUCAUCUACAAGAGGUGUCGGUGUGAGCUGUGUGGAUGGGAUAAAGAACACGUGUCUGUUUAAGGUUUUGCACUGCUACAAGUUUUGACUCAUAUAUACAACAUUUAUAGCUCCCUCCAGUAGUAAACACGAAGCCAGAGGUCAUAGUUAAAAACUGGGUUUAUUUUCUGUACCACACCAACCCGUGAGAACUGGGUUAAAGAGAAAAAACAAACAAAUAAAGCCUACAAUAAACAAAAUGCAUGUGUGUGUGUGUAUAUAUAUAUAUGCAUGUCCUGUAUAUAAUUUAUGUCCCCACAGCUACAACGGGCUGCAUGCAGCGUGUAGCAUAACACACACACACAUCUUUGCAGUAUAAAUGAAUUUCAAACAAAAACAUACCUCGUAUGCUGCUUAUACUAAAGGGGGCUGAAUUUCAAUCACUUUUUUGGUCUUCUUCAUGUAAAUCAUAUCUCUUUAUAUAGUUGUUACUCACUUUAGCUACAGCUCACCUGUCCUGCUUCUCCAGUGCUUCAAUUGCAAGGUGUGCCUUUUAAUUAACUACGGUGAGGAACACCAGAGCGGCAGUGGGCAGUGCCGCCUGAAGGAUCACUAACCACAGGUUGGAGGUGAACAGCAGAAGAAAAAAAACAGAACCAAAACUGACAAUGUGAGGUUUGGAGAUGUUUGGAGAUGUUUGGAGAUGCACUUUCCCUAUCCAUGCAGGGUUGAGUCACCGAUGAGCAACUCGAGUCUUCUCACUCUUCCGUCCUUUCCUGGGUACACUUUGAUAACCUUUGCCAACUACGAUUGAUUUCGUGGUGUAACAUCAUACAGAAGAACCACAUCAUUGACCUUUGAACUUCUGUCCGUGCUGGAGAUUUAGGAGAUACUCCUUCCAUCGUGUCCAGAAGUUGCUGGCUAAGAGCUGAACUCGACGCCAUCUCUUGCGGAGGUAAAGAUCUUCCUCGACAUACUUUCCAGAAGGUGGAGAGAUAAUCGUGGAAUUCAUGGUCAGGAUGUGAUUCGGUGUCAGCUGGAAGUUUAGCAAGCAUUUUCUGGUUCUCGUUGCAGUCAUCGAGUUUUUCAAGGACCUUCAUCUGAGACGUGGCAGAAACUUUCCAGUCGUUGAAUCUGAGUGGGUCACCACUGAAUGUUAUACGUUCAGGGCUGCUGUGCUGUCAUCUUGCUUUGGAUGUGUCAAAGCUUAUGGUGGGGAGCGGUGUUGAAACAAGCUACUUUCAUGUUCGGCUUCAUCUUUCUCCCUCAGAGGAGGAGCGUUGAUGGAGCGUUUAUUUCUUCGUCUGAGCAUUCACUUUGCUCAUAUACUUGCCGUCGUGCCUUGUCAGCCUUUAGCUUCUUAAUCGUCUCCAGUCGCUCUAGUUGCCUGCGCUUGGCUUCUAGCGCUCUUUAUCUCUAUUCAUUUUCAGCUUCCUGUUUGGCUCGUAAAUAGGCAGCUUCAGCUUCCAGGCUUCGAAACUCUUCUAUAUUACGUUCUUCACUUGCGAUACUUCUAAAGUGGCUUCAUUGGCGGCAACUUCAGCAGCAGCGUCUUGUCUUUUGGAAGACGACUGACUUGAAUGUCUGGAUUUGAUUUUUGAGUAGCUUCGAGAAUGAAUGGAGGACCUGGUGCGGUGAGAGAUGAUACUUAUCUUGAUUACAGACUCCGUCCUUUUCCCACGUAGUUCUUCAUCCCCUUGACCUUCACCCUUACUUGUGCUAUGCAACCUCUUGCAGUCUCGACGAUUGUCCUUGUCACUGCUUCACAGGUUUCUAAUCUGCGACGUGUGUCAUGAUCAGGAAUGUCAAUGCUCCUUAACGCUUCAUAAACAGCAUUCAGAUUCUCUGAGGCAUUGCUUACCUGCAAAAAAAAUCUAACUCUUUUUCACUUGGUUUACUUUAGUUUAGAUUAAAUCUAAUAUUGCCUUCAGCUGAGUAAUUACCUCACUUACAGUAAUACAACUUAAGUUUAGUUUGGCCUAAGCUUAGUUGAGUAGUUAUCCCAUUUUGGUAUAACUCCUUACUUAUAUCACCACAAGCGACAAUUAAUCAAACAAAAAUAUUCACACUUAGUUAAACUUGUCUUGAACACUUAUUAAGUAAUAACCAUUCACCUUUAAAUGCACUAUAUUUGCAGCAUACUCACCAGCAAACACAAUGUCAAUAUCAACACAGUAUCAAUUUCAAAUGAACUUCCAUUAGAAAAAGGUGAGUAAACAACAUUAGCUUGUCAUACGACAGUGACCAAAGAUGCCUCAGUCUCUGGUGCAGAAGAGUAAAAGUUGGUAGUUGCAGCUGAACUCACGCUAAGG